CCUCCUCUGAGAUUCGAUUCGAUUCAUUUAUCCUUUUCGUCUUUACUCACUGCAAAGAUGAUGAUGAAAGAUGUAUUCAGACCGACCAAAUCCGCACCGAGUUCUCCCGCAAAGCCACUCGGCAUCUCCCGCACUCGGUCUGAAUCAUUUCACGCUAUCCACAAAGUCCCUGUCGGAGACAGUCCAUAUGUCAGAGCCAAGAACGUUCAGUUGGUGGAGAAGGAUCCCGAGAGAGCAAUUCCUCUGUUUUGGUCCGCCAUUAACGCUGGAGACAGAGUGGACAGCGCUCUGAAAGACAUGGCCAUCGUUAUGAAGCAGCAAGAUCGAGCAGAAGAAGCCAUCGAAGCUAUUAAAUCUCUCAGAGUCAGGUGUUCAGAUCAAGCUCAGGAAUCUCUCGACAACAUCCUCCUCGAUCUCUACAAGAGAUGUGGGAGACUUGACGACCAGAUCGCACUUCUGAAACACAAACUCUUCCUGAUUCAAAAAGGUCUCGCCUUUAACGGCAAACGAACCAAAACCGCUAGGUCCCAGGGCAAAAAGUUUCAAGUCUCAGUGGAGCAAGAAGCAACGCGGCUACUGGGGAACUUAGGAUGGGCUCUGAUGCAAAGAGACAACUUCGUGGAAGCCGAGGAUGCGUACAGGAGAGCGCUAUCGAUCGCGCCGGACAACAACAAGAUGUGCAACCUAGGGAUCUGCCUUAUGAAGCAAGGCAGGAUCGACGAAGCCAAGGAGACGCUACGGCGCGUGAAGCCCGCGGUUGUUGAUGGCCCUAGAGGUGUGGAUUCUCAUCUGAAAGCCUACGAGAGAGCUCAGCAGAUGCUUAGCGAUCUUGGCUCUGAGAUGAUGAGGAGAGGAGGGGAUGAUAGAGUCGAGCAGAGGAAGCUUUUCGACGCCAUGUUCGGGUCUUCUUCCAUAUGGCAGCCUCAGCCUUGUAGAGAACAGAGCGUGAAGGCUAAACCAAAGCCGAGCAAUGAUGGGUACGGUGACGAGAACGUGAAGACGAAUGUGAAUGUAGUAAACAAUCCAUUAAGGGUGGAUGCAAAACCAUUCUUCUCUUCCAAGCUGAUAAGCAAUAGCGAGAAGCUGAAGAGGACGAGAUCGUCGAGCCAAACGAUGGGAAUGUUGAGCUGUGGUGGUGGUGGUGAGGGAGAGGGAGAGACAAACACGAAGAGGAGACUGUCGAUGGAGAAGAGAGCCAUCGACUGUGGAUUGCCAGACAACAAGGAGUUUGAAGAGGCAAUGAUCAUGGCUGUUUUGGGGACAGAGAUGAAAGUGGACAAGAAGAGGCUUAAGGUUUUUCAGGAUAUCACUUUGUCCUCACUAAGCCCAAGAGCCUGAGUUAUCUCUUAAUCUCAGGCUCUCUCUUUUUUAAUCAUUCUAAUUUAAAGGAGAUGAGCUCUUAUUCUCCUUAAUGUUGCUACAUUUUUUUUUUUUUUUUCAUAUUGUUAACUUAUUGCUAUUGACCAAUAAUGAAAGCUG